UAUCCAUCCCACACCUCUCCACCCGCAAACGGCUCCUACGGUGAGAAAAAAAAGAGCACAGAACAGUUUCAAACACGUCGGCAUAAACCUCACAUCCAGAGCUCCCUUUUCUCCUUUCCCUCCUGACGGACUUCAUUACUUUAUUCCUCUGCGCGCCAAUGCCCGAGACCACGCCGAAACGAAGGAUUUUUUUCCCUUGAGCAUGAAAAGGAUUGCCAAAUCAUCCGCAAUCCAACAUCACCGACUGAGCCACCAGCAUGAGCACUGGAUACAUAUGCUCCAGCAGAAGUUGUUGGCCAGAGAACUAACAAAUCUUGGACCACAAAUAUAGCUAAGAGGGGAGAGUCAGUUUUAGGUCUCCACAUAAUGGAGCGAGAAUGAACAGAGAGCGGCUUAAAAAAAAGCAUGAACUGGAGGUUUAUUGAGGUCAUCUGCUUCCUGUUUAUAUGGGACCAUAUAACAGUUCAGUCUUCCCGCCAGGACCCGUUGGCCACUGAACAACAUGUCACCAAGCAAUAUGACUGGCUCAUCUCUGACCGUGGACCUUUCCACCACUCUCGGAGUUACCUGUCCUUUGUGGAAAGAUUCCGCCAAGGAUUUACGACCAGAUAUAAAAUUUAUAGGGAAUUUGCACGUUGGAAGGUGAGGAAUACAGCGAUCGAGAGAAGGGACCUGAUCCGGAACCCGGUGCCGCUCAUGCCUGAGUUCCAGCGCAGCGUACGCUUGCUGGGCCGCAGACCCACCACUCAGCAGUUCAUUGACACCAUCAUUAAGAAAUAUGGAACCCACAUUCUCAUCUCAGCCACCCUGGGAGGAGAGGAGGCACUGACUAUGUACCUGGCCAAAAACAAGCUGGACAGGAAGCUUGCCAAUGCUACUCAGAACGUUGAAGCCCUUCAUCAACUGGCCUCGUCCUACUUUAUUGACCGCGACGGCACGAUGAGGAAGCUGCAUGAGAUCCAGAUUUCCACCAAUGCCAUCAAGGUGACAGAGACACGGACGGGGCCACUGGGAUGCAGUAGCUAUGACAAUCUGGACUCAGUUAGCUCAAUCCUUCUGCAGAGCCCUGAGAGCAAGCUUCAUCUACAAGGUCUGCAGGUCAUUUUCCCAGAAUACCUGCAGGAGAAAUUUGUCCAGUCAGCUCUGAGCUACAUUAUGUGCAAUGGAGAGGGGGAGUACGUGUGCCAUGACAACCAGUGCAUCUGUCAGUGUGCUGACGAGUAUCCCCAAUGCAACUGUCCCAUCACCGACAUCCAGAUCAUGGAGAACACCCUGUUGGGGAUGUCUGAGUCCUGGGCCGCCUCCUACAAAGACUUUGAGAACUCUGAUGAGUUCAAGUCUUUCCUGAAGAGGCUGCCCUCCACUCACUUCCUGCCCAUCAGCAGUGUGCAUCUCCUGUGGGGCAGCGACUGGGACCUUCAGGCCCGUUACAGGCUCCUUCAGAGUUCCCUCGAGAUCCAGCGGCUCAAGAUUCAGCGCACUGCCCGCAAGCUCUUUGGCCUCAGCAUCCGUUGUCACCACAACCCAAACCACCAGAUGCCUAGGGAGAGGUCUGUAAUGCAGUGGCUCAAUAGGGUUCAGUCCUUCCUCUACUGCAAUGAGAAUGGGUUCUGGGGAACCUUCCUGGAGAGCCAAAGGACAUGCGUGUGCCACACAGGUGUCACCCUAUGCCAACGACCCAUCCCAUGUGUCAUAGGUGGCAACAACAGCUGUGCCAUGUGCAGCCUGGCCAACAUCUCACAAUGUGGUUCCUGCAACAAGGGCUACAAGUUGUACCGUGGUCGCUGUGAGCCCCAGAAUGUAGACUCAGAACGUAGCGAGCAGUUCAUCAGCUUUGAAACUGAUCUGGACUUUCAGGACCUGGAACUCAAAUACCUGUUACAGAAAAUGGAUUCGCGACUGUACAUUCACACUACCUUCAUCAGUAAUGAGAUCCGUCUAGAGACCUUCUUUGAUCCUCGAUGGCGUAAGCGCAUGUCCCUGACUCUCAAAAGUAACAAAAACCGGAUGGACUACCUCCACAUGAUAAUCGGUCUAUCAAUGAAGAUCUGCCAGAUGCGAAAUAGCAGCAUUGACCCCAUGUUCUUUGUUUAUGUCAACCCAUUCAGUGGUAGCCACUCAGAAGGCUGGAGCAUGCCCUUCGGGGAACAUGGUUACCCACGCUGGGAAAAAGUACGACUGCAGAACUCCCAGUGCUUCAACUGGACUCUCCUCUUGGGCAACCGGUGGAAGACCUUCUUUGAGACGGUUCACAUCUACCUGCGUAGCCGUGCUAAAAUCCCAACAGGUCUACGCAAUGACACAGGACAGGGUCCAGUGGACCUUGCAGACCCUAACAAGCGCCAGAUCUACAUAAAAAUAUCUGAUAUCCAAGUGUUCGGCUACAGCCUGCGCUUUAAUGCCGACCUGCUCCGUAGUGCCGUGCAGCAGGUUAACCAGUCGUAUACACAAGGAACUCAGUUCUACUCAUCCUCAUCUGUUAUGCUCCUGUUACUGGACAUUCGGGAUCGGAUUAACCGCCUUGCCCCUCCAUCUGCACCUGGCAAACCCCAGCUGGACCUCUUCUCUUGUAUGCUAAAGCAUAGGCUCAAGCUCAACAACAGCGAGAUGAUUCGAGUAAACCAUGCCUUGGACAUGUACAGCACAGAGAUACUAAAACAAUCAGACCACCUGACUGCUAAACUCUGUUGAACAUAGUAACAUUAACAUAAGGACAGCAAAAAGAAACACCCAACAAAUGAACUAUGAGGGGACAUUAAUCUUAAUUUUGUUUUCUCUUUUUAAUUUUUGGACCUUUUCUGCCUUUUGAUGUAAUAUUAACUUUGUAAGCAUAAUUCUUAAAGAGAAAAAGGAAAAAGGCAAUGAUGAAAAGCAUUUCAGGCAGAUAAAGAAGAUUAAUGGAACCACUAUAAGGACUGUAUCAUAUUUGUCCCAGCAUGUCUGUCAUUCCCUAAAAGAACUUAAAAGAGAGAAAAAAAAAUUAAAUCUAUGUACUGGUGAAAAAGAGGCCUUGAUUUUACUCUGAGGGAUCAAAAGGUUAUAUCUGAAACUGCCAUUCUUUACUGAGAAAAACAUUUUUAAAGGAAUAAUGACACAACACAAGGGCAGACCAGAUAUCCUUUUAUUUCAGCUAAUGUGCAAAAUAUUUCAGACAUAAUGGACAGUUUAAUAUUAAAAAUGUUUAUACAUUGUAAGGAUUAAAUAGCCCUAGUGAGUAAGUAGUCAACACAUUACUUAUAGACUCUUUAUUACAUUUCAAACCCACAGCAAAUCUGCAUUGCUCUUUGUGAGUUAUAAGGCACUCUGUCAUUGUUCUGACACAUAAGGCACACAGCAGGGCAGUAAUGGAUAGUUAUGUCAAAUAACAAAAGCCAGCUGUUUAUAUAUACAUAUAUAUGUGGAUGAAUGUGUGUGUAUGUGUGCGUGCGCGUGUGCAAGUGUGCGUACACCUUUUUUUGGCUUGAUGCUUAUUGCUGUUCGUUAAUUGAAUGUGUCAUUUGAGAUUGACUCCAGUCUAAGCUAAAUCUUGCAUUUGGAGCGCUUCUUCCCGUGUUUGAAAUUCAAGCUGUGUUUUCCACAAGGCAGUACCUCCUGGUGCGUGAGUGCAAUAUUGUGGUCUGAAGAUUUAACAAUCAAUGCUAUUUUGUACAGCUUUGCAAAAUGUACAUGUUGUGACUGCUGAUUUGUGGAGCUUUUUAGCACCAAGAGCAAAGUGUAAACAUUCAUCAUUCAGGCACAUUUGCAAGACAACCUAAAGCCAUACACUUCCCUGAGGUAGACAUACAGUAAGACAUAAACUUCAUCCCCGUCUCACAAAGUAAGUACUUCAUAACAUGAAAAAAAGUGUUCCAUUUGUAUGUUUUUAUUUUAUUCUCUCAGUUUUUAGAUAAGAGCACAGCAAAAAGACAGAUGACAAGAGAAGGCAUAUUAUGUUGGAUAAGAAUCGUGUUGUAAAGCCAUUGAAUUUCUCUGUUGUGCCACAGGAAAAAAAAAAGAAAAAAAAAGAAAUGGUUAUAUUAAAGCUUAAAAUACCUUUUUGGCAGUGUUUAAUCUGUAAGCUUUUUAUGACCACAUGUAAAGAUUUCAGUUUUUCUUUCCAGAUAUGAAAUUUAACCUUGUUUAGCAUGUUGCUGGAAGCAUCAACAAAGCUGCAACUUUGUUUAAUGGUCAUCAAACUGAAAUAUGAAACACUACCUAUGUAUUGUUGGUCACACUUUAUUUGGGUAAUCUGAUGCUGAAACAUUGCUAUUGCUGAUGACUUUUUGUAGGUACAGUCCAUCCCAUGCAUGUUUGUUAACAGCAACAAAGGCAAGGUCACUCAUGUCAUACAACCUAGCAGUUGUGGCCGUAUUAACUUAAAAAAGAGGAGACUUCAUAUUUGCUGCCAUGACACCCAAACAUCCUCCUAGUGUAAAAGCUGCCAGCUCAGUUGCAAGCUUUUAGAAUAACAUCUGGAAACACAUAGGUUUUCAAAUUAUUUUAUUGUUUUUUAUGUCUUUUCUCUUGAUAGUUACUUAGGUAUUGUUUGUUUACUUAUAUGUGUUCUGUUAAAUCAUUGUGAUACUAUGACAAAGCUAGUCAGUCAAGUCAGCUAUAUCUAGGAACAGCCAUGAUGGGUUGUGACCUAAAUGUGGGUGGGAACAGCAAGGAACCUGUAAAAACAGGUUUGGAAUUCCUUAACCAAUUUAACACCUCUUAAAAACAAUGGUCAAAAUUGGCGGCAGUGAUUUAAGCAAGAAAUAGCGGCGCCCCUUGAACAAAACCUGUUUUUGACUCUUAUGGACGUAGCUUUCUCAACUGCCGAUUUAACUACAUCCACAAUCACAACUUUAGUAGUUGUCUCUAGAUAUGCAUUCUUGUCAUGAUUAUGUCUGGCUUUGUGUGACAAUGAUUUACCUAUAUUUUUUUAUUUUGCUGUUGCCAGUCUUUUUGUAAAGCACUUUUAACUCAUUAGAAGUGCUUUAUAAGUAACAACUUAGUCAUUCACUUAAAACUGAACUAUGAUGUAUUACUACAAAUCUCACCUAUUUCAUGUGAUUCAGUAGUCUGGAAAAUAGUUUAUCGAUUUCCAAUGUAUGGGUUAGCGCACAUGGAGUGGCCAGUUCAGGCUCAGGUUGUCAGGCUCAGCUCUAUGUUAUCUAAUUAACCUUACAGUACAAUACUUUCAUCAGUCUAUAUCUUUGUCAGGUUAAUAGCAUCAAUUAAGGUCAUUUAAGUGAGUGAGUAGUCACCUCUGCAGUGCUAUUAUUUCCAAUUUGCAUAGGUAAGGAUCAGCAGCAAGGAGAGAGGGGGUAUCUGGUCUGGUGUAUAUCAGUAAAAUGUACUGUUUCAUGACAGGUGCAUCUGCUUGUGUGUAGCUGCUAACUGCUAGCUGUUUCAAAGAGCCAUGUACUAGGUUUCCGGUUCAGUUGUGAUUUUUGAGCUUAUUAGCUUGCUAAUGUCAACACAGUAGACGCAUUUGCAAAUAUGUUAGCAUCCAUAGCAUUACAACUGUAACAUGUGCAUGCAGUGUCUCCUAGCUUUGUUCAAAAAGAUGUAGAGCUGAUUUUGACAUACUGAAGCUAAGUGUAACAAGCCUGAGAUGGCCACAAGCUUGUAAUCAAUAGAGAUGCCGUAACUAGGGACUUGAUUGUUCAGCAUCGACAUUGGACUAUCCAAAUGAAUUGUUACCUUAUUAUUAUUAUUUUUAUUAUUAUUAUUAAGUGCCUGUUAUCUAUCCCUUUAACACAUUUAGAGCUGGAGAAAACGUUUAGAUGUUACACAGAUGAGUGACACUGUAUUAGCUGCCGAAGUUAAGACCAUUAAUGUUGAUCAAAUAUACACUUUUCAUCUCCUCCUGAGAACUACGCCUUCAUGGAGGUUUGUGCAUGUGGGGAACUGAACCACCAGAUAGAGACAAAGAGACAAAGGAUGACUUGAAGUAAUUGUGGAUAUUUUUUUGUCCCCUGUUGUACAGUAUAUCUGUAAAUAUUAACUCUGUUACAGUAACAAUUCUAUGCUACAGUAACAAUAUUAUAAAAUAUAACAGUAUUGAAAGGGAAUACAAAGACUACUUCAUAAAAGGCCCUCCAUUUGAGUACAUUGGCACAAAGUACAGGGCACACAUGUCUUGUGUAUUUAAUUAUAUUCAUGACAAUUUAUGACUGUUUUUGUAUUUUCAAAACAUACUGUACAUUACAAUUUAGUUUUGAGCCACUGCAAGGUCCAUAAAACAAGCACAUUUACUCGUAUGGCAUUAUGCUACCACAGUGUUGCUUACAUGUAUCCAUGGAUAUGUCUGAAGAUUUUUACACCUAAUACCUUGCCUAUGUACUUUUUUGCUGUUCUGUUGAGAUCAUUAUAUCAGCUUAUUUCAAAUGAAUGUUUCAUAUAAUAAUCUAUUUCUCAUUA